GUCAAAAAUCCCUUUCCGACACAGAAGAAAUCCUCUCUGUGAAACCUCCCUUCUUUUAAACCAUGUCGUUCAAAUCCAUGAACUCGAUCGCAGCUAUGUCCAUGGUGGGCUUCGGUCUCUUCACUCUCUUCUUCACCAGAUUUAUUGAUUUACCCCCCGCAUCAUCUUCUUCUUCGAACCCUACACCCCUCAAAGAUUCGAUUUUUGCAGCAUCCCUCUCAUCAGAUUCCCGACCCGACCCGUUCGAGGACCUAUUGGGGGCAUUCAAGAGAUGGGAUUCUGAAGUAGGGUGCGCCAGGUUCAGGGAGAAGCACAGAGGGGUGCUGAUGAGGAAUGGGUCUUCUUCUUCGGUCUCUUCUGGUUCUUUGCAAGAUGUAGACGAGGGUGAAUUGGAUUGUGGGGUUUUGGGGAUGAACCAUGUGAGUGUUCUUGUGAAAGGGUGGACUUGGAUUCCUGAUAAUAUGGAUAAUCUUUACACUUGUAGAUGUGGGCUUAGCUGCUUGUGGACUAAAUUGCCAAUUUUGGCUGAUAAUCCUGAUGCUUUGUUUUUUGAGUCUAGUACUCCUCCUCUCAAGAGACGGAGAGGCGACCCAUUGCGUGUGUACAUGGAUCUUGAACCUGGGAGGAAGAGAUCGGGGUACGAGGAUGUUUUUAUCAGCUAUCAUGCCAAAGAUGAUGUCCAAUCCACCUAUGCUGGAUCUCUCUUUCACAAGGAUAGAAAUUAUCAUCUUUCCCCUUCCAAAAGAAAUGUAAGAAGCAUUCACACUCUUUCUUUCUCUUUUUUUUUUUUGGAAAUGAAUAUGUGGCUCUUUUCAUUUUUUCUUUCAAAAUUUUCGCUAAAGACCUUUUCUCUUUAUUACGCUUUUCUGAAACUUCGUGAAGUCAAACUGCAAAAUUGUUUUUUUUUUUGGGGGAUGGAGGGGUAGUUUGUGUCGUGUAUGAUAUCAAGACUUGCAAAACAUCUUUCUUGGUUUUGUUUGUUUUUUCAACAACAUUGCAGGACACACUAGUGUAUUGGUCAUCGUCUAGGUGUCUUCCCGAGAGAAACAAGCUUGCCAAACACCUCCUUAGCCUACUCCCGCACCACUCGUUCGGGAAGUGCCUCAACAACGUUGGGGGUCUCGACCGGGCGCUUUUCCUUUACCCGGACUGCGUCAAGGACCCGAACGAGACCCCCAAGUGGUGGGACCACCUCCACUGCGCGAUGUCAAAUUACAAGUUUGCCCUCGCGAUUGAGAACACCGUGACGGAGAGUUACGUCACGGAGAAGCUAUUCUACGCCCUAGAGGCGGGGUCCGUCCCCAUCUACUUCGGUGCCCCUAACGUGCAAGACUUGGUGCCCCCGCACUCGAUCAUUGACGGGAGCAAGUUCGAGUCUUUGGAGGGACUUGCGUCCUACGUUAGGGCACUUGCCAACCACCCGGUGGCCUACGCGGAGUUCCACGCGUGGAGGAGGUGCGGGGUGUUGGGGAACUACCGGAAAACGCGGGCGGCGAGUUUGGAUACUUUGCCAUGUAGGCUUUGUGAGGUAGUGAGCAAGAAAAGGGGAAGGAAUUAUGAGUAAUUAAUUAAUUAAUGUAGUAUACAUUUUUGUAGUCUAUAAACUCUCUAUUAAGCCAGAUUCAUAGUGUAUUCAUCUGAUCAUCAAUGUAGUAUGCAUUUUUUUUCUUUGUUAAAUCUUGCAGGUUUUUGUUCAUUUUUUAAGUGUUUAGGUAUGUUUUUUCCAAGUUUUUUUUUUUUCUAGUUAGGAUUUGGUGAAUUUUUUUUUAAAACAAUAUCCAAACGGUCUAAAACAGUUUCUUUAAGAAAGGACUAAUUUUGAU